AUGGCCGAGAACGACUCCUUCCUCCAUCUUGCGCGCCCGCUCGGCCCUGCUUCCAUGGGCGCCCAGCCGUCGACUGCCCCGCUGAACGUCGCCAUCCAGCCCCAGGCCGUCUUCUCUAUCCUCGACCACUCCCUCCGCCGCCCCGCCGAGCAAGAACGCGUCAUCGGCACCCUCCUCGGCACCCGCAGCGAAGACGGCACCGAAAUCGAGAUCCGCAACUGCUAUGCCGUCCCCCACACGGAAACGGCUGAGCAGGUCGAGGUCGACAUGGACUACCAGAAGCAGAUGCUCGCCCUGCACCUCCGCGCAAACCCCCGUGAGGUCCUCGUUGGCUGGUACGCCACCAGCAGCGACCUCAACACCUUCUCUGCCCUCAUCCAGAACUUCUACAGCCAGCAAGGCGACGGCACAUGGCCACACCCGGCCGUCCAUCUCACCGUCUCCACCGUCCCUGGAAAGGACAUCGAGUCCAAGACGUACAUCUCCGCGCCCAUUGGCGUGACGGCUGAGCGCGCCGCAGACUCGUGUCUCUUCAUCCCCGUGCCCCACGAGAUCAAGUACGGCGAGGCAGAGAGGUCGGGCCUGGAGCUCAUUUCGUCGGCAAAGGACAGGGAGGACCGGUCACAGGACGUCAUGACCGAUCUCGAUUCCCUGGAGCGCGCCAUCACACACGUCCUGGACAUGCUCGAGCGCGUCUCCAACUACGUUAACAACGUCCUGGACGAGGAGGCCGAGCCGUCGUCUGCGCUGGGACAGUUCCUCAUGAACGCCCUCAGCCUGGCGCCAAAGGUUGAGCCUGCCGACAUUGAACGUGAUUUCAACGCGCACAUCCAAGAUGUCCUCGUCGUAUCAUACCUCGCAAACACCAUUCGCACACAGAUCGACCUCUCGAAUCGUCUCGCAACUGCGGCACUUACCAUGGGCGGCGGCGACCCGCUCGCUGGCGAUGGCAAGAAGGAUGGUGACAACAGGGGCAAGGGUGGUGACAGGCGAGGUGGCGGCAAGGGAAGGCAGCAGAGGGAACAGGAAGCUUGA